AUGAUUAUACCCAUGAGAUGCUUCACUGGUGGCAAAAUAGUUGGAAACAAAUGGGAGGCGUACCUUGGCCUUCUGCAAGUAGAAUAUACAGAAGGUGAUGCCUCGGAUACUCUGGGUCUGAAGAGAUACUGCUGUCGAAUGCUGCUUGCCCAUCUGGAUCUGAUUGAGAAGCUCCUGAUUUAUGCUCCUCUGGAGAAAUAAAGAUCAGGAAGAAUGUAUGGUGCUACGUUUACAUCGACCAGUGUGCUGCUAGAAAUCUACAAGCUAAACUGUUGGGGUUACAAAUGCAAAUCAUGCUCAGUGAGGGAUUUCACUCUCUGUGCACACUCCUGCCCCAGCCACUAACCUCUUCAAAGGAAAUUACUGAAAGAUGAAAUCCACUUACACACAGUUGGAGACUGUAGAUUUAAUUAAAACAGGGAUGAAAGUUCAUCAGAAUCACAUGGACUUGGGAGAAUGGUGAAUUUUUAAAACUACUUUGAGUUACUGGCAGCAGUUUGAACAAAUCUUGCAAAUAUAGCCUGUUUGUGAUGUAAGGACUGUCCUCCCACCCCCCCUUCCCGCAUGUGCUGCUCUUGUUAUUCUAAAUCUCAUUCAAGAAACUGGUGAGUGUUAACUGCUAGCUACUAACCUCUUUUAUAUUGUUCACACCUGGCAUCUAUCAAUGUUAAA